AUGUUGCAGAGAGCAGCAAGCAAUGCAUAUUCAUGGUGGUGGGCCAGCCACAUCAGGACCAAGCAGUCAAAAUGGCUCGAACAAAACCUUCAAGAUAUGGAGGAGAAGGUUCAGAGCACACUCAAAAUCAUUGAUGAUGAUGGGGACUCGUUUGCAAAGAGGGCUGAAAUGUACUACAGGAAGAGGCCAGAGCUAGUGCUCUUUGUUGAAGAAUCCUUUAGGGCAUACCGAGCUCUAGCAGAGAGAUAUGACCACUUAUCAAGAGAUCUACAGAGUGCCAACCGUACCAUUGCCACUGUCUUCCCAGAACGAGUUCAAUACGCAAUGGAGGAUGAGGAUGAUGAAACUGCUUCUCAAACGUCGAUUUCUUCCAAUGAUACCAAUAAAGCCUAUUCUGAUGUAAACAAAGCAAGCAUCCCAAAAGUCCCCAAGGGGCCAGAUAAGUCCAUGUCACUCUUGAGGAAGGGCGCGGCUCGAAGACUUCCUAGCUCUCCUAAACCUGCCGCAGGUCCCCCAAGGUCGGGGCUGACGAAAGAAGAGGCAUCGGAAGAAAUUGAUAAUCUUCAUAAGGACAUUUUGGCACUGCAAACUGAAAAGGAAUUUGUAAAGACCUUGUAUGAACGAGGAUAUGACAGGUACUGGGAGUUUGAGAAUGAGAUCACGGCAAUGCAAAAAAGAGUUUCCAGCUUGCAAGAUGAGUUCGGCAUUGGCACAGUUAUUGAAGAUGAUGAAGCUCGAACUUUGAUGGCAGCCACAGCUCUAAAAUCAUGCAAAGAAAGCUUGACUGAUUUGCGGGAAAAGAAGGACAUAUCAGAAAAAAAGGUACGAGUUGAGGGCAAAAGGGUGAGGGAAGCCUGUAAAAAGUUCGAGAACCUCAAGCAUGACUUUCGUUCAAAAGGCGCAAACUGGUCUGAUGCUGAUGAUGAGCAAGAGUCUGAGAUCAGUGAUCUAGAAUCAAUAAGUGUAGAUAGUGAGAGGCGUGACAAGAAGUUUUAUCAGGCUAAGAUGAAUGAUCGACUCGAGGCUCUGACUAUGACAGAACUGGCAGAGAAAAUUGAUGGACUUGUGAACAAUGUUGUGUCGCUGGAAACUGCAGUCACUUCUCAGAAUGCUCUUGUACACAAAUUACAAUCAGAAACAGAUCAACUUCAGGCAAAUGUUCGGAGCUUGGAAGAGGAAAAGGAAACUCUGAUGGAAAGUGAGGAAACUUUGAAAAUAAGGCUAAAGGAAAUGGAGGAGGAGUUGACUAGAGUAAAAAAAUUAAACAGGACUUUAGAAACCCAAAAUAUCAACCUCGAAGUGCAUUUCACAGAAGCUUGUAGUAAACUAGAUCAUCUCUCUAGCAAAUUGAACAAUGUGAAGCAUGAUGUGGAGGAAGAGAGUGCUCUACUAUUCCAGGAAUUGACAGCACUUGAUAACAAACCAGAGGAGUUGAAAGAUGAUUCUUCAGUGGUCUUAGAAGACAAAGUGAUAGACAAAGAAGAGAUUUCAAAAUCUCUCACGGGUGAAGAAGAGGAAAAUAAACCUGAUACAAGAAAUAGCCUUGACUUAGCACCGCCGCAGGAAGAGGGUGACACCAAUCUUGUUGAAUCACAGGAGUUGGAGCAGGAAAAUGAAGGAGGUCAACCCAACUGGAGACAACUAUUUCUAAAAGGUUUAGAGGAUAGAGAGAAGAUCCUGCUGGAAGAGUACACUUCAAUUCUUCGGGAUUAUAAGGAUGCAAGGAAGAAGCUAAGCGAAGCUGAGAAGAAACACCGGGAUAACCUCUUUGAUUUGGCAAUGGAGAUAAGGGAUUUGAGGAGUGUGAUUGCUGCAAAGGACAAAGAGAUUAGACUUCUAAAGCAAAAACAGAACUCCCCAGAUAUCAACCCGGAAGAUAGUCCAUGUUCGACAGUGUAUAAGUACCCGAAUAACGAUGUCCCCUCGGAGAGCCCAACUCAAGUUGGCACAUCUCCAUAUUCUAUUGGUCCAUCGCUGAAUGUGCUUAAAGAUACACUGGCAGACAUCCUUGGUGAAACCAAUGAAAAAUUGGAGGACUCACCAGGAAACUUGAAGGUCACAGCUCAAAAGGAAGAAGGAAAAACAAGCAGGAAAAGGCAUGCUGUAAGAUCCCAUUCCUUUUCAGCUAUUGAAGGAAGACUUCGUACAGACAUUGAUGAACUGCUGGAGGCGAACCUAGAAUUCUGGUUGAGGUUUAGUACCUCAGUUCAUCAGAUACAAAAGUUCCAGACUUCGAUACAGGAUUUACAGUCAGAGUUGAAUAAAAUGAAGCAGCAUGCUCUACAUUCAGAUGGCAAGCCAAUAUAUAGACACCUGAGAGAGAUAGAAACUGAAUUAUCAUUAUGGAUGGAACACAAUGCAGUGCUGAAGGAGGACUUGCAUAGCAGGUACUCAUCUUUAAGCCACAUUCAAGAUGAGAUAUCGAGACUUUCCAAUUUAAGUUCCGAAGGGGAGCUUAUAAGCAAAUACCAGGCAGCAAAGUUUCAAGGCGAGAUUCUCAACAUGAAGCAGGAGAAUCAAAAGGUUGCAGAAGAACUGAAAGCAGGUCUUAACCGUGUCAAAGGACUCAAAGUUGAGGUCGAGAAGACACUAGCAAAACUUGAUGAGGAACUUGGCAUGUCAGCAUCAAGUGGUACACCAAAACGAUCUACAAGUAAGGCUCGAAUUCCCUUGCGGUCUUUCUUGUUUGGUGUCAAGGUAAGAAGAAGGCCAUCACUCUUCUCAGGCCAGCAAUCAAUCUUCUCGUGUGCUGGCCCGUCAUUACAGAAACAAUCCAGCGAUGUGUCAGAAACUGCAGAACCACCACCACAACCACAACCACAAUCUCCACCAGAAGCAAUGUAG